AUGUGUGCUGGUAUUUGUUUAUUGUUCGAAUUCAUUUGUGUUUGUCUCAGGGAAAGAGUUUUUUUUUUCUACUUAUUAUUUAGAGAGAAACAUUUUCAUCAUGGGUCAUUUGCCUUCAUUUUUUUUGUCUCUGUUUUCUUUAACUUCUCUCUAGACGACUUUGACUUCUUUCUUUCUUUCUUUCUUUCUUUCUUGUACCUUUUUCUUUCUUUCUUUUUGUCACCUUUCUUUCUUUCUUUCUUUUUGUCACCUUUCUUUCUGGUACCGUUUUUUCUUGUUUUAAACCUUGACAUUUACCUUUUCUUCAUUUAUUUAUACUUUUUUUAUCUAUUUAUUUCUAUUACGUUUCUUUCUACAACCUUACCUUUUCUUUCUUUCUUUUUUUCUUUCUUUCUGUCUUUUUUUUUUCUUUCUUUCUUUCUUUCUUUCUUUCUUUCUUUCUUUCUGAUACCUUCUUUUUGCUUUCUUUCGUAUUCACACCUAUUAUCCUUCACUCUUUUCUUGAUAUACUCCACUAAUCUUAUUACUUCUUAUUAUCGCUCUUUUCAUCAAUCCUCUCUCUCUCUCUCUCUCUCUCUCUCUCUCUCUCUCUCUCUAUCUAUCUAUCUAUCUAUCUAUCUAUCUCUUACUAAUCCCCGCAACUUCCAUUUUCUUUCAAUCGACAUUUUCCCUUUUUUCUUCUCGCCAAAUUUCCAAAUCAAGCAAAUACAACCGUAG